UAGUUUACUACUGAGUGUUGUUGAUGUCAGAAUGACGAUGGGGUGUAGGACAGCCUCUAAAGUAUAAAGAUAGGCCGAGCAAAUAUAUCUAGGCUGCCGACCAGUACUCCAGAGCUACAAAACAUGGUCCCUACCACUUUGAAGUUAGCUGGGCUCUAUGUAUUUACUCAUUUGCUCCCAGGCUUUGGUUUCAUGUCAGCAACCCCUAUCUGCCUUCCAAAAAUAAGCUCCUGCCGCCAUGCUGAAGAGAGAAAAACAAGGAGGGCGGUAUUUUUAGGGCCAUUAAUUCUGACCACGUGUCCAGAAGGUGAACCGGAUGGUUGUUGCACAAAGGCUUCUCAUCACUAUGUCCUACGGAGCCAGAAUUCACUGGACGUUGCCUGUUAUUCUUCUGUUGGGUUUUAUGGCUGAUGUCGCCAGGUCUUACCCUAUUCCAAGUAGGGCUAAUGGAACAUUAUUUGAAAGAACAUGGGAAUCGUUUCUUUCCAGAUCGAUUGGAAUGCCUUCCGACAAAUCAGAUGCAAAGUGGAAGACCGAUUAUUUGCAGGGAAUUAAGAGGCAACGGAGGCUUUACUGCAACGUUGGAAUUGGGUUUCACCUGCAGGUCCUCCCAGAUGGAAAGAUAAAUGGAGUGCACAGUGAAAGCCCCUAUAGUCUCUUAGAAGUUUCUACAGUAGAAAGAGGAAUCAUCAGCUUGUUCGGUGUGAAAACCAACCUAUUUAUAGCAAUGAACGACAAAGGGAGAGUAUACGCUUCACCUACAUUUCAGGAUGAGUGCAAGUUUAAGGAAAUCCUGCUAUCCAAUAAUUACAAUGCCUACGAGUCCAAAAUGUAUCACGGUGCCUAUCUUGGAAUAAGCAAGCAUGGGAAAAUUAAAAGAGGAACCAAAAUUUCACCCUCCACGACAGUAACACAUUUUCUUCCGAGAAUUUAAAAGAAUAUCAAAUGUGUCUUUUAAUUUUGCACAUGUGAAUAAUCUCCCAGGUAAAAUAUUUAUACAGUUACAGAAUAUAUGUAUAUUUGGAUGGAGAUAUUUGUACUGGAUCCUUGCACCCUGUAGCCAUCUGCAAUCUGCUUACGGUGCAACACAGACAGAAGGCGAAAACCAGAAAAAUGUGCUAUAUUUAGUACAGUAAACUUAAUUUAUCCCUGACGGAUAGAGGAGAAAUAUUGAAAGCUUUGUUUUCCAAAGGACGGUUACCGAUUUUUUUUCUGUAGGAAAAAUAAGCAUGCCAUCCCUGAAUCUGUUAGACGUGUAUGAAAUACUUCCUGUACCUUCGAAAAUCAGCUUUCGGAAUAAUUGCAUGUAAUUGUGCAUGUGUACUAUUUGUAAGGAUCAUAAAAAUGACACAGAAUUUACAUGUUUAUGAAAUAAUAUUUGAAGAACAUGAGAAUUUAACUUAUAUCAAUUUUAAUGACAAGUGUAUUUUUAAACCAUAAGUAGUCAAAUAGCCGUCUAAGGGGGAGGUGUAUCAAAACUUAGAGAGAGAGAGAGAAAGAGAGAGAGAUAGUGGAGGAUUUACCCAAAGUGACUUCUGCCACUUUAUAGACUCUUCUAAAUAAAUGACAGUUAGAACCUGGUUGGCUGCUAUGGGCGACCUCCACUUCUCUUGAAGGUUUGAUACGUCUCCCUUUAGGAUGCGGUUAAUUUAUCUACAAUCAAAAUCCCGACGGUCAAAAUACUGACAACCAUUGACCGAUGGUCAAAAUCCCGACAUGGUGAAAAUACUGACAUGGUCAAAAUACCGACAUUUAAAAUGUUGACAGGUCAAUAAGUCGACAUGAGUUUUUCAUGAUUUUUUCACUGAAACCGACUUGUUCAUACUUUACCAUCCAAGUGGACCUGGAGGGGGAAUAUAAUAGUGUGCCCGAAGCUGCUCGCCAUGCGAGGGGACGCGGUACACUUAUGCCGUGUCCAUGUCGAUAUACACAUAAAAAUUUUUGAUAAAACAACUUGUGUCUGCUUUUUGACCUGUCGACAUUUUAAAUGUCAGUAUUUUGACCUUGUCGGUAUUUUAAAUGUUGGCAUUUUGACCAUAUCGGGAUUUUGACCUUGUCAGGAUUUUGACACUCUGUCAAUUGUUGUCUGCAUUUUGACAGUCGGGAUUUUGAUUGUAGGUAUUUCAUACUAAACCCCUCCCUUUGGUACUUUUUAACAGGUUUUCUUUAGUCAGAUCUGAUCUGUUACUGAUAUUAUGUGCUGGAUACAUUCAGGGACGGGUCAGAAAAAUGUUGGUCAUGUGGCAAAGCAACAAACAAAUUGUGCCCCUCUCCCAAAAACCGCACAACCACUACCACAAUGUCUUAUUAGCCGCUCAAAUCAUUUAAUGCAAAAUGUUAAGAAAAGAAAAUAAUCAGAAUACAUCAUUUGCAUUGCUAAUCUUAAAUGAAAAUGUUAUCCCCAAUGACUAUAAUGUGUGCAUUCACUAUGGUGUAUUCACUAUGGUAUAAAGUACACCUGGCCAUAGAGGGUAGGAAGCUAGGAAGCCUCUGGGACUGUUACACUGAGAAUGAAUGUAGAGAGUCUCCGUAGGGUCUGGUUAUGCUGUCAGCGGUGGGAUCAGGUUGUACAGUACACAGAUCUUGUCUUACUGAUGAAAACAUUAAUUCAUUAAGUGAGCUGCCACAAAUGCCUUGCCCCUGAUUCAGCCCUUAGAUACUUGCUUUGAAAAAACAUUCUCUUUUUUUUUUGUAUUGGAGAUGAUUGAUUAUUAGCCGGCUACUGACACCUGCUAGAACCAUAUAAUACUGAAUGGUCACCACACUCUGUGUUACUGCUAUGUUAAUAUUAUUUAUUUAUAUAGCACCACCAUUUUACACAGUGCUGUACAGAGAGCAUCUGCAAGUCCCUACCCCAUUAUAGCUUAUAGUUAAAAAAACGUUGUGGCCCCUCACCCGCAACCCAGCAGUAUGUUUUGGAGGCAUACUUGCCCACUCUCCCGGAACAGCUGGGUGGCUGCGGAAAAUGAGGUGACCCUCCCAGCGCCCCCCCCCCCCCCUCCGGGAAAGUGGGCAAGUCUCCCAGAGCUGCCCGCACUCCGCCAACUUACCCAGUAAUGUGGCUGUAUUGAGACUGGAGGGGGGGAGGUUCAGGGGAAAUUUAAGGAAAAAUUACUUCACAGAAAGGGUAGUGGAUAACUGGAAUAACCUCCCAUCAGAGGUGGUAGAGGCUAAGACUGUAGAGCAAUUUAAACAUGCUUGGGAUAGGCAUAUGAAUAUCCUUACAAAGAAUUAAGGUUCAAAAAGGGUUGAGAUUGCCUAAAGGAUAAAAAUAAGGGGCAGACUAGAUGGGCCAAGUGUUUCUUAUCUGCCGUCAAAUUCCAUGUUUCUAUGUUUCUAUCAGGUGACCAAUGACGUGACCUGUGCUGAAUAGCAUAGCAAAGCCUCUGCUGUAAAAUACAGCCAAUUGCGGCAUUGUAUAGCAGUGGGCAUGGCUCCGAUAAGACGCCCCUACCCGUUAGAUGAUUGGAGGGUACCCACUUGAAGGGUACAGUCAGAAAGUUGGCAACUAUGGUGGAAGGAAACCAGAGCACCCCCUAUGCAAAUACAGUCAGAACAUACAAACUCCACAAUCAUAGUGCCCUGGUCGGAAAUUGAACUCACAACCUCAACGAUGUGUGGUAUUAAUGCUAACCGCUACACCACAAUGCUACUAAAUGGGUUGGAGGCCUUAAAUCUGUGCAAUAUACAUCUCUUAUACAGAAACAAACAAACAGCGCUAAAUAUUGGCCUAAUACAAUAUUGUAAGCAGACAGGUGUA